AUGCCCAUGCCUCCUAUGACGGCUAUGCCCAUGCAUCCAGCGCCGGUAGCUGGUAUGGGAAUGGACAUGCCGUUGGGCGACGGCUUCAUCGACUACGGGCCGGCGCCUGGGCAGGACAUGGGGUUAGAGAUGGGAUGGGGUGUGGACCCGAACUUCCGGCUGGAGCAGUUUGCCACGGAAAAUGAUGUACAUGGUGACAGGGAGGUGAGUUGUAACGAGUGCUGCUACUCCUUCUUCGACUCUUUGUGUGGUAUCCAGCCUGAGGCUCGAGAUCUGAGAAGGGAGGCUGCUGGUAAUGGGGCUGUGAUUGUGGAAGACAAUGAGAUGGCGGCUGUGUAA